CAUAGUUUAAUUCUCCUUAAUUCCCUUUUAAUUGCCCGUCUUGCCCGUUUCUAAUGAAUUGCCCUUCCUGCCCUUCUAAUUCCAGGAGCUGGUGAUGAGGCAGGGAAGAGCCUGGCCCUCAUGGGACCACCUUUGGUCCCGUUCCUCUUUCUUGAUCCAUUUUGCCCCAAAAGCUGCUGCUCUUGACUCAUUUUACCUGGGUGAGGAGGUGGCAGGUGCUUGGUUCAUUAGCAGUGCUUUGUUAGGCAGGGUGGGGUGCUGAGAUGUGUGGCCUCCCCCAGAACAAGGUGACUAAUCCCUUAAGACUAGGAUUUUAUUGCCCAGCCCAGGUAUGUACCUUUCCUCUUGGCUGGGCAUUCAACACCUGCCCUCUCCUCCUCCUCUGAGACGUGGCAGGUCAGGAGCCAGAAGCUGGUUCCUAGGAUGGCAAAACCAAACCCAACUCUGAGCUGGGCUUAGAGCAGGAUCAAUCCCUGGGGAGUGAAAUCUCCCACGUGUCCCCCCCCAAACUUCUCCCACCUGGUAAGUUCAUUUUCUCUCCAUGCCAUGUUGUGGUUUGCUGGGGGGGUGGCUCCGACCUGGGCUUUUUGCUGCCUCAUUCCAGGUUUCAGAGGAAGGAAAAUUCGCCCUGUUGCCCCUGCCGGUGGUUGCACCCGUGUUAGAGCUUAUUCCCCUUUUCCCUGAGCUGGGAUGGUUGACUCGAAGGCGUUGGAGGUUCCCCAUGUGACCGGUGGCAGCCACAAUGAGAGCUCUGGCCCUCGCCUGAUGCCUCCUCUCCUGCUGAUAAAAAUGAUCAACAAGUCUCGAGGGAAAGUCCUCGGGGUGCUGGCGCUGUUCCUGGUGAUGGUUUGGUACUCGAUCUCCCGGGAAGACAGGUACAUACAGCUCUUUUAUUUCCCCGUGCAAGAAAACAAGACAACGUGUCCCCUGGGGGACGUGGAAAAGAAAGUGGUGCAGCUCAUUGGGAACUACACGAGGGACCACCCACUCUUCUUGCAGCUGAAGGACUAUUUUUGGGUGAAGACGCCGUCGCUCUACGAGCUGCCCUAUGGCACGAAAGGCAGCGAAGACGUUCUCCUGCGCUUGCUGUCCAUCACCCACUACUCCCUGCCUGAGAGCAUCCAGAGCCUGAAGUGCCGCAGGUGCGCAGUGGUGGGCAACGGCCACCGGCUCCGCAACAGCUCCAUGGGGGAGACCAUCAACACGUAUGACGUCGUGAUCAGGUUGAACAAUGCUCCGGUCCAUGGUUAUGAGCAGGACGUAGGCUCCAAGACCACCAUGCGCCUCUUCUACCCCGAGUCAGCCCACUUCAACCCCCAGACAGAGAACAACCCUGACACGUUGCUAGUGCUGGUGCCCUUCAAGCCCAUGGACUUCCAGUGGAUGGAGGCCAUCCUCAAUGACAAGAAGAGGGUUCGGAAGGGGUUUUGGAAGCAGCCCCCAUUGAUCUGGGAGGCCAACCCUGAGCAAGUGCGUGUCCUCAACCCUUACUACAUGGAAGUAACCGCUGCUAAACUGCUCAACCUCCCCAUGAAGCAACCACGGAAGGUCAAGCAGAAGCCCACCACGGGGUUGUUGGCCAUCACCUUGGCGCUGCACUUUUGUGACCUGGUGCACAUCGCGGGCUUUGGCUACCCCGACUCGGCCAACAAGAAGCAGACCAUUCACUACUACGAGCAGAUCACGCUCAAGUCCAUGGCGGCGUCAGAGCACAACGUCUCGCACGAGGCCGUGGCCAUCAAGCGGAUGCUGGAGCUGGGGCUGGUCAAGAACCUCACCUACUUCUGAAGGCCCUGCCAGGACAAUGUUUUCCCCUGGUUCCUGCCUCAGGGGGACAUGCAGGGGCCACCUCCCCCUGGACCACAGCGAGCGUCGGGGGCUGCGCUGGGCCGCGGCUCCCCAGGGAUUUGUGGGGCGCAGGGAGCCCCCAGGGGCCAGGCCCCCCCAUCCUGCCUUUUCCUACUGCAACUCCCCAGGACCUGGAGGGGGGUUUUGGGGUGCGGGGCCUCCCCCCCUCCAGCAGGCCUGGGGGUGGCGGGGGGGGCAGGAGCCCUUGCCUGGGGCUUUUCUCCCAAAUUCUCUCACGUUCAGACGAAGGUCCCACCAAGGGGCUGAUCUGGAGGGGUCCAGGAGCCCCCCAGGGAGCAGGCGCCGCCGGGGGCUGUGCUGUCUGCUCCCUGCCCUGGGCUGCCCCCCAAAUAUUUAAUUCCCCACCCGCCUCCCCCUUUUUUUUUUUUAAAUAAUGUUGGUUUUACUUGUUGGCCCCAUCCGGUGCCUUAGCGCUGGCGCGGGGGCUCAUCCCCAUGCCCCCCCCCUCAGGUUGCCCAGCCUGGGGUGUCUGCUGGGGCUGUUUUUUUGGGGGGCAGAGGGGGACAGUUUAAUUUAAAUUAAUUUAAAAGCUUA